ACAACUCUUCUAUUAUUAAGGUGUCCUGUUUUAUUAUACACAUUCAUGAUCCUUUAUUUGAAUUUCCUCAGAUGUCCGUCCACAAAUGAAUUUGUUAAAUACUAAGGUAUGCCAAACAAACAUAGAAUGAUAUUUCUUAAGCUAAAAAACCUCUGAAAGAAUUAUUACCCUUAUUGAUCCUGACACAAGUCUUAUUCUUGUUGCACAAGUAUAUCAGCUUGUCUAAAAUGUGUUAAGUUGUACGAGAGAGGUGACGUUUCAGUAUAUUGCUGAAUAAAGCACAAUGAUCUCCACAGUAUUACUAGGAGGAGUCCAUAGCAGGGGAAGCAUUCCACAAAAAGUUGUCCCUAUAUUAUAUAGGGAGAAUAACAGAUUGUUUCCCCUUGUAGACCAGUUUUCGCCUACUUCUCAAAGAAGAAUAUUUUGGACAGUGAAAUCUUCAUUGAGUAGUCAGGAGAAGCAACUGAGAGCCUUGGAUUCUUACUUCCAAAAGCUUCAUGAUAGCACGGGAGAAGAAAAGGUAACACGAAAAUAUCAUCUACUUAAGGCAGAGAAGGCACUACCAUCUUUGGAAUAUUUUCAGGGAAAAGAGCCAAAAUUCCAUACCUUCUCACCUUCGGAUGAGAAUACAAUUGAAGAAGCUUCAUAUUUUUCAAUGAAAAUCAUCAACAGAGGUGGCAGGGCUAAGAAACUAGAACAGUACAUGAAGUUAAAAGCUAAGGAUAUUGAGAGUUCGAACGAAGAAUCAUCUAGUUUUUACUUUAUAGGCAUACUGGCUUCUAUUAACAUUGCAGUAUUCCUCUUCGAGACAGCUAGUCCAGUCAGGAACUCGGAAAUAGGGAUGUUGUCACUACCAAUGGUAUAUGGCGCAAAGAUUAAUCAUUUGAUCCUACUUGGUGAAUGGUGGAGGCUUCUAACACCGAUGUUUCUGCACUCAGGAGUCCUUCACAUAGCCCUUGGUUGUUGGGUGCUUCUAAGUUUUGGGCCUCAAGUAUGUAAAGCAUACGGUUCAUUUCCAUUUUUCCUGAUAUAUCUUCUAGGAGGAAUUUCUGAUAACCUCAUCAGCUUUCUUCACACACCGGAGCCAACUGUUGGAGGAACUGGACCUGGUUUUGCUCUAAUAGGAGCUUGGCUUAUAUAUCAAGUCCAGAACAAAGACAUGCUAGGAAAAGAAGCUCCUAAAAGCAUGAUCGAAAAGGCAAUAAUAGCAACUGCUUUCAGCUUUGUGCUAAGCAACUUUGGGCCUAUAGAUAACUGGGCACACUUUGGAGCAACAUUGAUGGGAAUAACAUAUGGUUAUCUUAUAUGUCCAACUCCUCAAGUGGAAAAUAUUGCAUCUUCAGAAAGUUAUCAAAAAGAAGGAAUCACACUGGUUAAACAAAAUUCAGAUCUUUGUAAAUCCCUUAUUUACUUCUCUGUCUUUAUUCUGCUGUUUGCUUCUUUGCUUUUGGUAAUAGAACCUCCUCUCAACUCUAUAGCUGGAGCUGGAGCUGGAGCUGGAGACAAGUUCUAACUCAUAUAUAAGCUGAAGCUGGAUGCUUAAAACCCCAUAUACUUUGUAAAUAGGCGUGUUGUGUUAUAUACAGAUUUUCAAUAAAUGAGCUUUACAAAA